CUGGUUUAAGAUUUAUAAAAUCGGGUUUGGGUCGGAGAUGGAAGGAAGGUGAAGAGCAAGAAUACCCCGUCAUCAAAUCUCAAUAAGGAAACCCUAAUAAUAAUAAUAAUAAUUAUAAGAAGAAGAAAGAAAUGGAAGAUUAUGGGGAAGAAGUAAGAACACCACCUGUAACAUUAGUAUCAAUUGUAGGCGGCGAUCAACAUGUUCAGACAACAAUCUUAACUCAUCUUCACUCUCAACAACCACCCAUCAAUACACUCGCAUUACCUGAUUUCUCUACCAUCUCUCAACUCCUCCUUUCCAAAUCUCAAAAAAAGGAUUUUGAAGACGAACAUCAAUUGCCAUCCGAGUUUUCUAAGACUGGCAUUAUAAAACGUGAUUGGUUAUCGAAACAUCGUACUAAGGUUCCAGCUGUUGUUGCUUGUUUAUUCGAUGCUGCAGAUCUUCUUCUUGCCCCCAAUCCAAACCACCCCUUCACCCAUCUCGAUAACCUCAAAUCAGUUAUUAGAGGGAGGAAUAUUAAACUGGUUGUCGUGGUUGUUCUUCCCUUUCAUUCUAAAGAUUCUAUAACCGAGGAUCGCAUGGUAGCUUUGCGCAAGCGUGCUGAAUUAGAUGCCAAAUCUGUUAUCACUUUUAUUCCAGACAAUGCCUUUGAGUUGAACCAAUCGCUAAACAGGCUAGGAAGCAUAUUCUCGGAGCUAGCUGUUACCUUUUACAGAGAUGAAGGAAGAAGGAUUAAAAUGCGACUUGAGAAAAAGAACUAUGGCGGCAUAGAGUUUAAUGUCCGUUAUUGCUUUAAAGUUGCUAUAUAUGCAGAAUUCAGGAGAGACUGGGUUGAAGCUUUAAGGAUGUAUGAGGAUGGCUACCAUGCACUGCGAGAGAUGAUUGGGACAUCUACUAAAUUGCCAGCAAUCCAACGGUUGGUUGAGAUCAAAACAGUUGCAGAGUUAUUUCAUUUCAAGAUAUCAACAUUGCUUUUACAUGGUGGAAAGAUUGUAGAAGCAAUCAAAUGGUUUCGUCAGCACAAUGCUUCUUAUAAAAAGGUCACGGGGCCUCCAGAAGUAGCUUUUCUACAUUGGGAAUGGCUAAGCAGGCAGUUUUUAGUGUUUGCUGAAUUGCUUGAAAGUAGCAAUGCAACUAUGCAAAGCAUUUCCUCUCCAGUAAUAAGUGUCGCAGAUAGAACCUCGGCUGAUUGGGAAUUCCGCCCAGCAUACUAUUAUCAGCUUGCUGCUCAGUUUUUGAAGGAGAAGAAAAUAUGUGUAGAAAAUGCUCUUUCCAUGACAGAUGCUAUUGCUGACACCGAUGAGACUUCUGAUUCUAUUGUGCCUUCUCUUUAUGUGGGUCAGUUUGCUCGAUUACUUGAUCUCGGGGGCACGUCUGUAAUGCAACUCAUUACAGAUGAAGAUUACAUCCAAUUUGCUCUUUCUGAAGGGAAAAAAAUCAGGGACUCGAUUGAAAUAAUUGGUUUACUGAAUAAAUCAUUUGAUGCAUACAAUAACUUAAAAGCUCAGAGGGCAGCGUCUCUUUGCAGGCUUCUAAUGGCAAAAGAAUAUUUCAUUUUUGGUGACUUUUCUAAUGCAAAACACCAUUUUGACAAACUCGCAAGUCUCUACAGGCAAGAGGGUUGGGUCACUUUGCUAUGGGAAGUGCUUGGUUAUCUUCGAGAGUGCUCAAGAAGACUUGGUUCAGCCCAAGAAUUUAUCGCGUGUUCACUUGAAAUGGCAGCAAUGCCAGUUUCAUCAAUUUCUUGUCUUCCAACAUUGAAGGAUUGUGGGCCUGGUGGCUCCCCAUGUCUAAAUCAAGUGGAAGUUAUACACAAUGAAGUAUUCUCAAUAGUUCGAGAAGAAUUGAGUGAAGAAAACAUGGAUGUGAAAGUAAACAGUGAUCACCCGCUUCAUCUUGAAAUUGAUCUUGUGAGUCCCCUUAGAGUGGCACUUCUUACAUCCGUGGCUUUUCAUGAACAGAUUGUUAAGCCACAUGCACCCACUUUAAUUACAUUAUCACUCCUAUCACAACUUCCAUCUCCAGUUGAGAUAGAUCAGUUAGAGAUCCUGUUUAAUCAAUCUGAGUGCAAUUUUAUUAUUGUAAAUGCUCAAAGGCGUGAGUCAUCAGCAAUCACCCACAUUCAUCCUGAUCGAAGAGUAGAGACUGUCCCUGUACUACAACUGUUUACAAAUAAGUGGUUACGCUUAACGUAUGACAUCAAGUCAGUUAAUAGUGGGAAGCUGGAAUGCACAUAUGUAAUUGCUCGAAUUGGGCCCCACUUCAGCAUAUGUUGUGGAGCUGAAAGUCCUGCCAAUAUCCAUGAGUUACCUCUGUGGAAGUUCGAAGACCGUUUUGAAGCUUCUCCAACUAAGGACCCUGCUAUUGCAUUCUCGGGUAUGAAAGUCACCCAAGUCGAGGAGCCUGAUCCCCAAGUUGAACUGAAGUUAGGGUCCAUUGGGCCUGCUUUGGUUGGAGAAAACUUCAUGUUACCUGUUACUCUCACUUCCAUAGGCCAUCCGGUCCAUUCCGGUGAACUAAAAAUCAAUCUAGUUGAUACCCGAGGUGUUGGUUUGCUUAGCCCACGGGAGGCUGAACUUUCCUCCACUGACAAUCUUUAUGUCGAGCUUCUCGGUGUAUCUAGUGAUGAUCAUUCAGUAGUGGGAUCCAAUGAUAAUAUAAGGAAAAUUCAACAGUCAUUCGGAUUGAUAUCUGUUCCAUUUCUGAAUGUUGGGGAUUCAUGGUCAUGCAAUCUGGAGAUCCAAUGGCAUCGUCCUAAACCAAUCAUGCUGUAUGUUUCACUUGGGUACUCUUCCAUAAGCAGUGGCCCAAAAGUUCAUGUCCAUAAAAGCUUACAAAUUGAAGGAAAAACUCCAGUUGUCAUCAGCCACUCUCUAAUGCUACCCUUCAGGCGGGACCCAUUAUUGCUCUCGAAAAUCAAACGGUCUCCUGAUUCUGGUCAAACGGCAUCACUUCCUGUAAAUGAAACUAGCAUACUCGUUAUUAAAACCACAAAUUGCACUGAGGUCCCGUUGAGAUUGCUCUCGGUGUCUAUUGAAUCUGAAGACAAUGUUUCUCCCAAACUCAAAACUACGUGCACUAUUCAAUCUGGAAACCCAGAUUUUGAAGAUGUCACACUUUUGGUUCCCGGAGAAGAGUUUAAGAAAGUAUUUUCGGUGAAACCAGAGUUGAACGUAUCAAAGCUUAACAUGGGAAGUGUGUGUUUAAGAUGGAGACGGGAUCAUGAAUCAUCCAAAGAGGUUGUCACUAAACAAAGUUUACCUGACAUGAAUGUAGAGUUUCCUCCAUUAGUUGUCAGUUUAGAGUGCCCUCCUCAUGGUGUCCUUGGUGAACCGUUCACAUAUUUUGCUCGAAUUUAUAAUCAAACAAAGUUGCUACAAGAAGUUAAAUUUUCAUUAUCAGACUCACAAAGUUUUGUUUUGUCUGGGCCCCACAAUGACACAACCUUUGUUCUACCAUUAUCGGAGUAUAUCCUAAGUUACAAACUUGUUCCAUUGAGUUCAGGUUCAUUACAGCUACCACGGGUUACGAUAACCUCUGUCCGAUAUUCAGCUGGAUUCCAACCAACACUUGCCGCUUCUACCAUUUUCAUAUUCCCUUCAAAACCACAAUUUCAGCUGGCUGAUCCAGGGACGGGGAAGAAGUUUAUUGCAGCUGAACAGAUUCCUCGCCAGAUUCCGGCAUGAUUUUGUACAAGUUCUUGUGUUAUUUUUUGCUUUCUUUGGGAUGAAUUUUAUAAGGUGGAGCUGCGCCUGAUUGCUAAAUUUAUAUGCGGGUCAAGAUUUGAUGCCGUUGUUAAUGUUGUUCAUUUUCUCAUUACUACACAUUGUUGGUUACUUUUUUAGGUCAUACUAUAUUAUACAUGAUUGUUUCUAA